UUUGGUUAGUUAUUCGAUGACAGCUGAACGAACCGGUCGCGAAAGGGUCCGAAUCCGAUACUGGCUGCGGUACGUACCUACACGAUAGACACACGCGCGGUCAACGAUGGAAUUUGUAUGCAAAACGAAACCGGAUACUACUACGUAGGCCAUCUAGAGCCAAGCUUCAACCGAACCCGUGAGAACACGCGUGAGUGAACACCGGGGAUGGGGAUUUGAAUCAGCUGGCCUUCCGCCGCCUCCGACCUCACAUAUUUCACGCUGUCUCGGAACAGCGUUGUCGAUCCGGUGUGUGUGUGUGUGACUUUGAUUUUCGAAGAGGUUUUGUUUUUUGGUGAAAAUUGAUUUGCUUGUGAGAAAAGCGAAAGUGAGCAGCAGCAAAAACACUAACCGCACCAACGAUUAAAGAGUUCCAACAAAGCACACGAUCGAAGCAACCCAGCACUUGAGCAUAAUCUAAUGACGUAAAAAUCUCCUGUUCUAGCAGAAAAUUAAAUUAAGUGGCCCCUCGCUCUUCCAAGUGCUUCAUCGUCAACCCCUAUCAGCCAGACCCGGCGCGACAGCGAUUAAGGGGGUGUUAUGAUGGGAAAUAGAAAGAACCCUGCGCCGCCAGCGGCGGUCUAGAAUUGAAGUAAAACAUUUUAACAAAGUGAACACGUUUCCGGUUCGUAAGUGUGUGUGUGUGUGUGGGUUCAAAUGAGUUCGAUUGCUGUUUUACGACGGUUCCAAUUGAAUUUUGAAAAAUCUUGCAUCCAGCCCCAAAACGGCGAGUGCCGUGCAAAGCAGGCCAUGCACGUUGAGUGAAGUGAGCAAAAUCCGUCUGUGUAGGGAAGUGUGAGAAGAAAAAAAAAUUGUUCCCCAGGGGAAAAAGUGAGAACGGUCGAAAGGAAACCAAAAAAAAAAGUUUGAAAUGUCGUACGCCAGCCUACUGUGACGUCGCCGCCAGUCGCCAGAAAAUUAGAGAGAGGAAUUUGCUUUGAUUUCUAGGUGUAGGUGGUGCGGGCGUUGCUGUGUGUAUGUGUGUGGGUGUGGGAAAGUGCAAUUGAAUGCCUUUAAGGGCAAGAAAAAAGUGCGAAGGAAAAAGUUAGUUUUGAUGUGCGGGUUAAUUAAAAAUAAUUGCUUGUUAAACGUCGUGACAGCCGACGCCGUGGUUGCAUAAUUAGUGCACCUGCCUCGGAAGAUCGAGAAAGGUGGAGGAGUACAGUCCUUCGCUCGCAGGAAAGCCACACGGACCGCGGACACAAUGCUAGCUAAGUUAGGUGUAAAUAUAGUUAUUCUACUAAUCGUAGGCAAAGAAAUAAAGGCCAGCUGGGAGGAAUGGUGGACGUACGAUGGAAUAUCAGGUCCCGCCUUCUGGGGUCUAAUCAACCCACAGUGGAACAUGUGCAACAAGGGACGCCGCCAGUCGCCGAUCAACGUGGAACCGGAGAAGCUGCUCUACGAUCCGUACCUAAGGUCACUGCACAUCGACAAGCACAAGAUCUCCGGCACGCUGCACAAUACCGGUCAAUCGUUGGUGUUCCGGGUGGACAAAGAUACCAAGCAGCACGUGAACAUCUCCAGCGGACCGCUCGCCUACCGGUAUCAGUUUGAAGAGAUCUACUUCCACUACGGAACGGACAACAAUCAGGGUUCGGAGCAUCACAUCCAUGGGUACAGCUUUCCCGGGGAGAUUCAAUUAUACGGCUUCAACAAGGAACUGUACCACAAUAUGUCCGAGGCACAGCACAAAGCCCAGGGAAUCGUCGGUAUCUCGCUGAUGGUGCAGAUCGGCGAUACGCCCAAUCCCGAGCUGCGGAUAAUAACCAGCACCUUCAAUAAGGUGCUCUACAAGGGUUCUUCCACUCCGAUUCGGCACAUUUCACUGCGAUCUCUGCUGCCAAACACCGAACAGUACAUGACGUACGAAGGAUCCACCACGCAUCCCGGCUGCUGGGAGAGCACGGUAUGGAUCAUCCUAAACAAACCGAUCUACAUCACGAAGCAGGAGCUCUACGCCCUCCGGAAGUUGAUGCAGGGCUCGGAGCAGACACCAAAGGCGCCACUCGGUAACAAUGCGAGACCGCUGCAGGCACUGCACCAUCGUACGGUUCGGACAAACAUUGAUUUUGCCCACACCGGAGCGAAUAAGAAUCAGAACUGUCCAACCAUGUACAAGGACAUGUACUACAAGGCGAACCGCUGGACGUCGGAGCUGUCGGCGAGGGGUCGCGAACGAGGUCUUCCAGAUAUUGACACCGUGUUCCACUCGCUGCCCUAGUGGAGUUGGCGUGGGGGUGGCACCGGCGGUACCACUCCCAAAUAAGCCAUGGUCAUCUAUGUUUAGCUAAUUCACCUAAAACAAUGGAACUAGUUAAGAUAUUCGAAGCGGUUUGUAUAAAGUAUGGGGUAUAUGGCUAAAGUGAACGUUAGAUAAUUAGUGAAACAAAAGUGUAAACGAAAAAAAAACAUUGUUAUUAGAUCGUUACUUCAACGGGCGCCGAAGGUGUGAAGGGGAGCUUUCCUAUAAAAUAAGUGAAUGCCAAAAAAAACAAAA